AUGAUUGUCGGAGAGCUCAGCUACCCCAAACCCAGCAUCUCUCUGAGCCCCAGCGUGGGGGUCUCCCUGGGGGGAGCCGUGACCGUCCGGUGUCGGGGGCAGCACCAGGGUGUGCAGUUCGUGCUGAAUAAAGAGCAACGCCAUUUCCCACCUGCGGAUUCGGACGGGUUUGAGGCUGUGUUUCCCAUCAGCAACGUGAGCCGGGAGGACGGCGGGAACUACAGCUGCUCCUAUCACAGCCGAUCGGAGCCGUUUGCCGUGUCGUACCCCAGCGAACCAGUGGAGCUGGUGGUGAGAGAUACCAGCUUACCCAGACCCUCCAUCUCUCUAAACCUCACUGGGGUCACCGCCCCAGGGGCAGACAUCACCAUCCGGUGUCAGGGGCAGUUCUGGGACGUGAGGUUCUUCCUGCACAAGGCUGGAGACCUGAACCCGCCGCGACACAUGGACCCUGCUGGGGACGGGGCCGAGUUCCGCAUCCCCACCGUGGGCCGGCAGCACAGAGGGAACUACAGAUGGAGCCCCAGCGACACCGUGGAGCUGAUGGUAGCAGGUGUAUCAGAAUCGCCGGCACCUCCAGGUCUGACCAGCCCCACCAUCGCCGGGGUGAGCGCGACAGCCGCCGUCCUCCUCGUGGCCUUCGUCUGCUUCAGAAAAAUCCGAGCCAGUAAGUGCCUCACCCAGCAAGGGAAGGGUUAA